AUGAGUCUACACAGCACCAUGCCCACCCCGUUGGCCUUCAACAAGGCCGCCCUGGAUGAAUUCGUCACGCAUCGCGUCUCUCGCGAGAUGGUGACCUACCUCGCCCAGCAAGCAUCUCAGGUCAUCCGAUGCGAGGCGCAUGUGACCAACACCCUCGGUCAACAUGGUCAACCCACGCCGCCGUCGACUCCUCCCAUGGAAGCAAACGACUCCUUACCCCCACUGCCGUCGAUUGAGGCAUUCAUCGCAUCCCUCGUCGCUCGUUCGCAAGUCCAGGUGCCGACCUUGAUGAGUUCUUUGGUGUAUCUGGGCCGCCUACGAGCUCGUCUGCCUCCGGUGGCCAAGGGCAUGCGCUGCACCGUCCACCGAAUCUUCCUGGCUUCCCUCAUCCUCGCAUCCAAGAACCUCAACGACUCCAGUCCCAAGAACAAGCACUGGGCCCGGUACACGGCCGUCAAGGGGUUCGACGGCUUCGGCUUCUCCCUCCCCGAGGUAAACCUCAUGGAGCGUCAAUUGCUCUUCCUCUUGGAUUGGGAGACGCGAGUCACCGAGCAAGAUCUUUUCACCUUCUUGGAGCCGUUCCUGGCACCCAUUCGCCACCGUCUCGAGCAGGAGUAUGAACUGGAGAGAAAAGCCGAAGAGGAGCUUCAAUGGCGCCAACAGCAACGCCGACGCAUGGUGAACCCUGCCGAGCUGCUGGUGGGCCGUGUGCGACGACACAAGAUGGAGGCGCGUGCGGACACUCGGCGCCAUGGUGAAGCCAUGGGCCUUCGUCGACUGCCCACUCAUCUUUCCUGUCCGUCCAUGCACAGCAGUCAGAGUUCGCCACAAUCGGUCGCGGAUCUUGAACGGUACAUUCCUUACCACCGACAGCGCUUGUCUCCCCAGCGGUCGGGUCGAUCCAUCUCACCCCCCUCAAUUCGCGACGUACCCGGACUCUCGCACGCCGAAACUUUGAACUCGAUCUGCUCUCGGUCUUCCAGCACCGCCCCCAGCUCCCGCGGUACACCCACCAGUGUCAGCACGUGCUCCUCGCACGGCAACGACGAUCUGAUGAUGGUGGGAGAUGUCUACCGCAGCCCGUCUGUGUCAUCCCUGGCCUACAGUUUUGUCCACGUCGACUCCAAGCCUUACUUACCCACUCGUCAGCCCAGCAAGAAGAUGAAAGUCUCGAGCCAUGGCCAUGGUGGUGGAUUUGUCGCACGCUUCCUCGCCUCUGCCACAGGGUCCUAUAUGGGCAGCCGCAUCGGGCGACCCCAUGCGUGA